AUGAGGACGUCAAUGAGACCAAACGAUGGACAUUCCCACGAUGGGGAUGAGAAAGCUUACGAUAUCAAUGCACCACCAUCUGAUUACCGGUCCGUUGACGAAUCAGACAGCCGACGCAGUAGCGAAGAAGCUCAAGCUGGAGUCAAACGCAUCGAAGCUGUGAGCAAAGCCUGGACCUUGACCAGCUUGAUCAUAGCAUAUGUCACGCUUAUGCUCAUUGCGAAUAUCACAUCUUUGGAAAUUCAAGUUACUUCUAAUCUCACAGUUUACGCAACAAGUGCCUUCAGAUCGCACUCUCUAGUAUCGACAGUUGCUGUGGUCCAGGGUGUUGUAAGCGCCGUUAUCAAGCCUCCCAUGGGCAAGAUUGCCGACGUGUUUGGUCGGCUUGAAUCAUUCAGUAUCUCAAUUCUGUUCUACACGCUCGGUUACAUUCAACAAGCUGCUUCAAAGAACGUCCAGACCUAUGCAGGCGCUCAAGUCUUCUGGGCUGCUGGUUUUAAUGGACUCCAGGUUCUGCAGCAGAUCUUCGUUGCUGAUACAACGGAUCUACUCAACCGCGCACUGUUCUCAACUAUCUUCGACCUACCUUUCCUCUGGACGACGUGGGCGGGACCUGAGGUAGCGAACAGCAUUCUCACCCACACGACCUGGCGUUGGGGUUAUGGAAUAUGGGCUGUUAUUUUACCAAUCUGCUUCAUACCUCUUGCUGUAAGCCUGUUCAUGAACCAACGUCGUGCGAAGAAGCUCGGCCUAGACUUCCCAAGCCCAUUUAAGGGCCGCACCAUCGGUGCAAUCUUCAAGAACCUCUGGUACGACCUCGACGUAUUCGGGCUUCUGCUGCUAGCAGCAGGGAUCUCGUUGGUGCUGCUACCCCUUACGCUCGCCCCUAAUGCCGACGAUCAAUGGCGGAACGCCAGUAUGAUAGCUAUGCUUGUCAUUGGCGGUGUCAUAUGCAUUGUCUUCCCAUUCUGGGAAAGAAGCAAGAAGCUUGCGCCAAAAGCCUUCUUUCCUCCCAAUCUUUUCAAGAACAAGACAGUCGUGGCGGGUACUGCGAUUGCCUUCUUCUACUUUAUGGCUUUCUACAUGAGCGUGUUCCCGUACUUCUUCUCAUACCUGCUCAUCGUCCAAAACAAAUCGCAAGUGACCGCGGGUUACAUCACCCGUGUCUUCACAUUCGCAUCGACCGUCGCUUCUAUUGUAGUCUCAUUGAUUAUCAAGUACACCGGACACUACAAAUAUUUUGUUACAGCUGGAGCAUGUAUCUAUAUCAUGGGUUUUGGACUCAUGAUUGCUUACCGCACCGAGAAUGCAUCAACUUGGUCUAUAAUUGGCAACCAAAUCGCUGUUGGAAUCGGCGGAGGGUUCCUCAACGUUCCAGUACAGCUUGGUGUGCAGGCGUCCGCAUCGCAUCAGCAGGUCGCUGCCGCAACUACAGUCUGGCUCACCAUUCUCGAAGUCGGUGGUGCUGUUGGUGCAGCAGUCUCUGGCGCAAUCUGGAGCACGUAUGUCCCAUCGAAGCUCCAGCAAUAUCUACCGUCAGAUCUCGCCCCAAACUACGCGACCAUCUACGCAGAUGUUACCGUCGCGUCCAACUAUACGCUGUAUCCUCCGGGCUCCCCUGUACGUGUGGCUAUCAAUCAAGCCUAUAAUGAGACCAUGCGCUACAUGCUCAUUGGCGCAAUAUGUGCAGCCGUGCCGAUCUUGCCACUGUCCCUCUGCUUGAAGAACUACAAGCUUGAUCAAAUGAAGCAGCCUGUGGAAGGAAAAGUUAUCGGCAGUUCACGGAAGCGCGGGACAAUAAAAAGUUGGAGAUUCUGGGAACGCAGGUCCAGUGCCCCAGUUAUCUCUUGA